AUGGCAUUUCCAGCUUCUGCUAUCUGCAGUCCAACUAGUCCUGUUGUUUCUCUCUCGUCCAUCUCAAACUCUCUCGCCCCCUAUCAAGCCAACCCAACCGCCCUCUUCUCUACUGAUUAUUGUUCAAAGCCUCUCAGCAGCUACACAAGUGAACACAGUUACAGUUGCAGGCACUACUCAUCUUGUUUCCGUAUUUCAUAUCGAUCCUCUGAUGCUGAAGAAGGUGAAGACGAAGCUGAAGGUUGCAGCUUUGAUGAAGCAGUCGUCCUUUUCAACACAAGAGAAUACUAUAAGUGCCAUGACUUUCUUGAGUCACUUUGGAACAAGGCUGAAGAACCCACCAGAACUCUUUUUCAUGGUAUUUUACAAUGCGCUGUGGGAUUCCACCACCUAUUCAACCAGAACCAUAAAGGGGCUAUGAUGGAGCUGGGAGAGGGACUGUGUAAGCUUAGAAAGAUGAACUUCAAAACCGGGCCAUUUUACGAGUUUGAGCAACAAAUCUCUGCAGCUCUGGAUUUCAUUUACCAAACGCAAAUAGAGUUAGCCGCCUGUGGAGAUGAUGUUUGUGUUGCGAUGGAUCGAUCAGAGAGAUCGUACCAACUUCUAGGCCGGUAUGCUGCAGGACAGCUACUCUAUACCCUGCAACUGCAAGCUGUUGACGACUCUGAAACCAUGUACAUCGUGUUCCGGCCUCAAAGGUCUUAUGGCGGUGAGCCACCAAAGGUGAAGCUUCCAACUCUCGAUGCUACCACACAACAUCUCAGCAGUCACGGCCUCUGA